CUCACAUACGUUACGUGAUGCCUGUUUCGGGCGCAGGGCUCUGUUUGGAACUCCGAAUAAAUUAGCUUUUGUUUCGCUUUUGCGGAAUCCGGUUCUGUGAAAAAUUCAACUCGAAAACAGUUGGUUUUGUUAAAAGUUCUUUCUCUUUUGUUGUUUGUGUUUCGUUUGGUUAGCUUUGCUGCGUUCGCCGAAGUAAAAAACGCGUAGCAAACGACACGCGUAAGUCGUUUGAGGAAAUGGUGGUGAGAAAUUGCAAGCGUUCGGUUUCUCGUUUUCUCGUUAGGAGGUGGUGGUGGUAGAUCGUCAUUACCGUGUUGCUUUUGCUUUGUUUAUUUUAUUUUAUUUUUUUAAUUUUCAACGCUCUAUGUUUUAUUUAUUUAUUUUCUUACUUGCUUUUGAUUUUUUAAUUUCUCGAAAAACUUUGAUGCAGCUGUGUUUUUGGAUAUUGAUUUUCAAUUAGAAUUAGAAUUUCACUUUCUUAAUUCGUAAGGAAAAUUAAGUCAAACUCUAGUUUUGAUGGAAGAAUAUUUCGUUUUUGUUCCAAUUUAUAUAUUUUAGAAUUUAUGUUUGACUUAUAUUUUGUUGUGUGACCAAAAUACGCAGUUUUGAAAUGGCAAUGGGUGAUGGUAAUUACUGUAGAAAGUCGAGCUGGGAAAUAUAUAUGGGAGACGGUAGUUAUGAUAGAACUUUGAGAGAGUUCUGUAUUCCGGAUUACAUAUUAGUGUCAGGAUCUGAGGGAAAAAGUGUCUCGCCUGUACCUGCAUGUCCUGUGAUUGUUUUCAUAAACUCCAAAAGUGGUGGCCAGCUUGGAGGGGAGCUUCUUGUUUCCUAUAGCACACUUCUUAACAAAAACCAGGUUUUUGAUUUGGAAAAAAAUGCUCCGGAUAAGGUGCUGCAGAGGCUUUAUGCUACUUUGGAAACGCUCAAGCACAAUGGGGAUGAUUUUGCAGCUGAAAUUCAGAAUAGAUUGAGAAUAAUUGUUGCAGGUGGAGAUGGUACUGCUAGCUGGCUUCUUGGAGUUGUAUCUGACCUUAAAUUACCUCAUCCGCCACCAAUUGCAACUGUGCCAUUGGGGACGGGAAAUAAUCUUCCCUUUGCAUUUGGAUGGGGAAAGAAAAAUCCAACAACGGAUAUUCAAUCAGUGACGUCAUUCCUAAUGAAUGUAAAAGCAGCAAAGGAAAUGAAAAUAGACAGCUGGCAUAUUGUAAUGAGAAUGAAGGCUCCAAAAGAAGGUUCAUGUGACCCUAUUGCACCCCUUGAGCUGCCUCACGCUAUGCAUGCAUUUCAGCGUGUCUCUUCAACAGAUAAGCUAAACAUGGACGGUUACCACACUUAUCGUGGGGGAUUUUGGAACUACUUUAGCAUGGGAAUGGAUGCUCAAGUAUCUUAUGCAUUUCAUUCACAGAGGAAGUUGCAUCCAGAAAAGUUUAAAAAUCAGUUAUAUAAUCAGAGUGCCUAUCUGAAGCUUGGCUGUUCACACGGAUGCUUCUUUUCUUCUCGGUUUCAAUCUUCACGGAAUAUAGGUCAGCUGGCAAAGGUCAAAAUAAUGAAAAAAGGUCAUUGGGAAGAUCUCCACAUACCUCGCAGCAUUCGGUCAAUUGUUUGCCUGAACUUGCCCAGCUUUUCUGGUGGACUCAAUCCUUGGGGAAAACCAAAUAGGAAGAAAUCAAUUUAUAGGGACCUGACUCUUCCCUAUGUGGAUGAUGGCCUAUUUGAGGUAGUUGGUUUUAGAGAUGCCUGGCAUGGUCUUGUUUUGCUUGCACCAAAUGGACACGGGACUCGUUUGGCACAGACAAGCAGAAUCCGAUUUGAGUUUCACAAGGGUGCAGCUGACUGCACAUUCAUGAGAAUUGACGGAGAGCCAUGGAAACAACCCCUCCCAAAAGAUGAUGACACAGUCGUUGUUGAGAUAUCACACCAUGGUCAAGUUAGCAUGCUUGCCACUCAAUUGUGCCGUUCUAAAAGUAUGUAUGAUCCCUCCUCACCUUCCGUUGACCGGGAAGAAGAUGAUAGCACUGAUGAAGAACUAGAAGAAGAUUGCGAAGAACGCCGCAAAUUUGGUGCAGCUGAUACAUUCAAAUACCCUGAUGGAAUUCAUAUAUCUCAAGUAAGUUAGUGUACAGAAAGGAAUAGCCAUGAGUACAUAGUAGCAUUGUUUUCUGGUGUUGGUCAAUUUUUCCUUACUCUUUCUUAUAAAAUUACUGUUGUACAUCUCAUGGUAAAUAGUAAUGUUUGAGGGUUUCCUUUCUAACCAAGAUUAGGUGUAUGUAUGACAAAAUCUAUUCUUUGAUUUCAAUGGCAAUUUUGGAGAUAUUGUUGUUUCAUGUGUA